GUUAGCCAGUCCGGCAAGGGCGUCGUGUGAAGGGAGGGUUGAGGAAAGGCUGAGUUCAAUGGACGGAGGGGAUGCAGCGGCUCCUGACGCUGCUUGCUUUGCCCGCAGUUCCGAAGGCGACGAGUCCGCUCCUUCCGAGCCGGCUAUAGCCUCGUUCACCCCGCCACGCCUCAGCCGGUCUAUCGGAUCUCUGUUGCUUGGCAGAUGGACCCUAAGUACCACUGAAUGUUAGCUCUGGAAAUUUCAAAAGCUCUGCAGUAGCUGGGAUGUUGCGACAGAACGGUGACAGCAACAAGCGUGGUUUAGGAUUAACUAAACUGUCUACCUCCAAUUUCUUCCCCAUCUCUAAUACAGGAAACUGGGGGAUGGGGCGCAAUAUCAAAAGUAGUUCUCUGAGCAGCAUUAGCUCAAACUUUGACGGCUAUGACAGCAUGAUUGUGGAUCCAGACUAUAUCAUGCAGCUGGUGAACGAUGUCAGAAAAUUUGCAGAUAUUCUACUGAAUUUGAGAGAAGCCAUUACUUCAGAAAAUCAAAACUGUCGCCAUCAAUUUGUUCAUGAACGUUUGGGUGAGGUACUUCGUGUAUUAAAGGCAAUAAUUAACAAACAUCCGAAUCUUUAUUCAGUUGAUGUUCUAAGUGCUGCAGGUACAGUCAUUGCAAAAGUCAGAGCUGUGAACUUUAAGGAAAUUAAUGAAGAAAAGAAGCAAGAAGUAUUAAGUGAAAUAUUCUCUUCUAUUGACUUACUGGCAUUCACUUUUGGCAACGCAGUUUCAGACUUCCUUAUGGGAGAUGUGGAUAAUGGCUCAGGACUGUGUCUUCAGGUAUCUCGGCAAAGUCAAUCUUUUGAAAACCUUUGUACAGAUUCUGGAAUAUCAUUACAUGAAGGUGUUCAAUCAACAGGGCACCUUAAUGCUGAAGAAAUUGAUAGCGCUCUCCUAAGAAAUGAUAAUGGAAUCAAAUCUGCUCUAUCCUAUGCUAAAGCAUGGUCAAAAUAUGCAAAGGAUAUUGUUGUAUGGGUAGAGAAAAAAAUUAAUUUGGAAAUGGAGUGUGCUAAAAACCUGGCAAAAGUAGCAGAAACCACUAAGACUAUUAUUGUAUCUCAGGACUACAUGCCAUUCCAGUCAAUAUUCAUAAAUGCAUUUCAAAAUGAUAUAGAGAACAGUUUGCUUUGGCAGCAGACAGCAGUAGCUCUUCAAACUAAUAAAUUUUUACAGCCGCUGCUUGGGAGAAAAAGUGAAUUGGAUAGACAAAGAAAAGAGAUAAAGGAACUUUGGCAACGAGAACAGAAAAAAUUGCAAGAACUGGAAUCCAGUGUAAGAAAAGCAAAACAAUUAUAUCUUCAACGGCAAGAGGAGUAUGAGAAGGCAAAAUCAACCACUCUGCGUGCUGAGGAUGACUAUAUUUCUUCCAAUUGGGGCUUUACAAAAGAUACCAGCAAAUUAGAAAAGAAACGUAAACUGGAAGAGGAAGCUCUCCAAAAAGCUGAAGAAGCCAAUGAACAUUUCAAAGCCAGCAAGGCUGAAGUUGAAGAAAAGAGAAGUAAUCUAGAAAAUUUCAAAAGUGUCAUUUUAACACAGCUACGGGAACAAAUUUAUCAAUGUGAUCUCACACUAAAAGCUGCAACAGUUAACCUGUUCCAGAUGCAGCAUGCCCAAGUUGUUUCAAUGCCAGUCAAUUAUCAAUACCUCUGUGAGAGUGCCAAGCUGUAUGAUCCAGGAAAAAUGUUAUUUGAAUAUGUGAAGAAUUUGCCAAAAUAUGAAGCUCCUACUGAGUCCGUUUGCUUUGAAACUCAGACUUCCCAGGUUGGAGGAGUUUUCGAUGAACAGUCAAACAAUGUUUCUGCAUCCCAAGGAAGCAUACCUCAGUGCUCAGGAGAUUAUCCUAUUCAGUUACUAGACGAUACUACAAGCCCAGCCUAUCUUUGCUCUCAAAAGAUUGGAGACAAAAGAUCUUUGAGCAGUACAGAUGUCUCUGGUAAUACUUCAAUUGAUCAUUUAUGUACUGUCCGAGGCCCACCACCUUUUAGAUCCUGGUCAGUUGGUAAUCAAAGUGGGGGAAUGUGCAGUGAUUCUGAAAGUGCAGGAGGAAGCAGUGAAUCACGAUCUGUGGAUUCUCCAUCUGCUAGCCCAGUAGGUGACUUCAAAAGACUUCCUCGUACACCAUCUAUUGGGACCAUGUCAUCUGCAGAUGAUCUUGAUGAGAGAGAGGCACCUUCACCUUCUGACUGUGGUUUAAAUGACCUAGCAGCUGAAAUUGCCAGUACUCCUGGACCUUUUCGAAACACUCUCCUAUCUAAGGCAGCACAAACACACAAACUUCGGAAGUUGAGGUCUCCAUCCAAAUGCAGGGAAUGUGAUAGUCUGGUGGUAUUCCAUGGAGCAGAAUGUGAAGAGUGCUCACUUUCCUGUCACAAAAAAUGUUUGGAGACUUUAGCUAUUCAGUGUGGACAUAAGAAGCUUCAUGGAAAACUUCAUUUGUUUGGAGUAGAAUUUACUCAAGUUUCUAAAAAUAGUCAAGAUGGUAUCCCUUUCAUCAUAAGAAAGUGUACCUCUGAAAUUGAAAGCAGAGCCUUAAAUGUCAAGGGGAUAUACCGUGUGAAUGGAGCCAAAUCCAGAGUUGAAAAACUUUGUCAAUCAUUUGAAAAUGGGAAAGAUUUGGUAGAAUUAUCUGAACUCCAUGCUCAUGAUAUAAGUAAUGUUCUUAAAUUAUUUCUUCGCCAGCUCCCUGAACCUUUGAUUUUGUCUCGAUUUUACAAUGAAUUCAUUGGACUUGCAAAAGAAAGCCAGAAUAUUAAUGUGGAACUUGAUAUGAAACAGAUGAGAUCAAAAUCAAACAAACAGCAAUCAGUUUGCAUUGAAUUGAAUAGAAUCAUACUUAAAAUUAAAGAUCUACUGAGAUUGCUACCUACAGCGAACCAUAACACUCUGAAGUUUCUUUUAGCUCAUCUAUGCAGAGUUAGUGAACAAUCUGAUGAAAAUAAAAUGUCUGCCCGCAAUCUUGGCAUUAUAUUUGGUCCAACUUUGAUCAGACCACGUGAGACAGAUGCCACACUCUCACUAUCUUCACUUGUGGAUUAUCCAUAUCAAGCCCGAAUGAUAGAACUUCUUAUCACUCACUAUGAAAAGAUCUUCGACACUGCCCAAGAACAUUCAUCAGCUGCAACUGAAUCUGAUGAAAAUUCUUUUUGUACUAAAAGUAUUUUAUCAGUAGAAGAUAAACAAGCAUCUCAAGAUAGGAAAGGAGGAUUCUUUGUGGCUAUGAAGGAAAGUGUCAAGAGGAAGAAUUCUACUAAAAGAAGCAUAUCUUUUGAAGAACCAGAUGGUAGCAAACGAUCCCCCUUCCAAUCUGAUUCUUUAGUAAAAGAAUCAACCUGUACUCUUGAGAGAAAACUCAGUCUUGGCAAGCAAAAUUCUCCUUCAGAAUCUACUCCUGUGAUGGCUUUGGAAAAUGACACGGUUCCUAUAAAAGAAUCAGACAAUAAAGCGACUCCAGUUUCAGAUCAAGACAAUGGGAAGCAUGACCUUGAAACUGAGGAUGGUGUUAAAAGUGAUCAGUUAAUAAGACCUAGACGUCAAAUAACCAAAGUUCAGUUGCGCUGUCAAAAGUCCAAGCCAUUUUUUCGUCCUGUGAGUUUACCUUUAGGAUCAAUGCUUCCUUCUUGUAUUUUAAAUGAACAAAAUUUCCAGAAUGCAAGUCUGAACCCAGACAAGCUUGGGAAAAGUCUUGUUAUUGAAGACAUUUCUGAGACACAGUCACUUCCCUCUACUACUGCUGGCUCUAGAAUCUCUUGUUAUGACCCACAAACUCAGAAAAAGACUUGGGACAAGCAAUAUAAACAGUAUGACAUGACAUCAAAAACAGCAAAGAUUAUGACCAAUAUCCAUGAAAACUUAACACAAGAAUCUGUAAAUACAUGUGCCUUAAAUGCAUCUGGCAACCUUGUUAACAAUUCAGUGAAUGCCAUACUUCUUUGUAAGCCAUAUACAGGACCGUUCACAACUGUAAAGCCUGUAGGAGAAACGCAUUGCACAGCCUCUACUCCUUUUGUUACUUUGAAAAAGCCAAGAUGUUUUCAACCACCAGGAGGAACAUUUUAUAAACCAUCAUCCAACAAUAAUGCCAAACCAAAUGAUGAGAGUUCUGCAUCCAAAUGCUGUGCAGCAAUAAUCCAUAAUGACAUGUCAGGACUAGGUGUGAAUCCUGGCCUUGAUCACAGCUUUUUGGAUUCCUCUAUCCAAGAUGGAAGGCAACAAAAAUCUAGCUUUGAAACCAUGCCCCCUGCAGAUUUGAAGCCCACUUAUCAGAGAUUAAGGCCAAAGCGGAUGCAAGAACUGGAACACAGGGAAGCUCAUUUUGUGUAAGGCACUCAAAACUUCUGGAAGAGUUUUUUUUUUUUUCUUGAGGAUUUCACCUUUGUGCCAUAUUGAAAUUAUUUUUAUAAAUAUCUGUACAGGCAUUUUAAAACAUUGAAUGAAAAAAGCUGUGAAGACUAUUGAAGUUAAUUUUUUAUUAUUAUUAUUAUUAUUUCAUUUUUCUCAAGAGUAUUUAAAUGCAUUCCAAAUGUAUGAGCAGCUAAUAUGAAGUGCACUCAAAAAAACCUUAUAAUCUACUUCAUUUGUUCAAUUGUGUUUUUUCUCAUGGAAGCCUACUUAUGUUAGAGUGCAACAGUGAAAGGAGUCCAUAUCCAAGAAUAAAUUGUUUAUUAAGACUGCAGAGUAUGAAAUAUAGAUACUUAAUUUAAGAAUAAACCAAAGCUUGAAGCAUUGCUGUAAGUGUCUGUAUUUAGUUUUUUCUCUACUCUGGACAAUUAAAUGCUCUCCAGUUCACUGAAACAGUCACAAGUCACAAACAGAAGUACUGAAUAUGAAAGCAUAAUUUGACACUAAUAGUCAACUUGGCUGAGAAAGUAUGCAGCGAGCUGUUUGGAGCUGGAAUAAGUGUCACUUUCCUGUUUAUCUGUUUCUUGUAUGAUGUUCUUUUCCGAAGUAGUUUAAGAGUCUCAGUGUUCACAAUGAAUUGACAAAGUGUCACCUAUUCUGGUUGUGUUUUUCUUUUACUCCAUUUUGUUUCAUUUAUCUUUUAUUCCUAUGUUUUAUGUUACCAUAUGUACCAUAUAUAAUACUGGCCAGUGACUGAAGUAAAGUAUUUUGACAAAGUUAUGAAAA